ACAAUUGUGAAUACCUAACAUGUAAUAUUGUGAAUGGGCAACUGUGAUUUAUUUCUUUGUAUUUUUACAGAAAAAAAAAUUAAUUUGUAUUGCUAAAUUGGGAGUAAAAUAUAUUAGAAAAUGCCUAUAAUGUAUAAUACCGGCGACUGGUUCGUUCUACGGCCGACUACAUAUAGAAAAUUUGAUUUAUAUCCACCUGAAUGGCCCCUAGAUCUUGAUUUGGAAUAUAUGUCAGUUGCCUGUGCUCCAUAUGGUGGCCCUGUUGCAGUUACAAGAGAUCCCAAUAAGAUUGUGCCGGUUAAAGGAACUGCCAAACCAGUCAUACGUAUCUUUGAUACUGCCGGACAGGAGUUGGGAAAGAUAUGGUGGAAUCAUGGUCGCCUCAUUUCUAUGGGUUGGUCCGACACCGAAGAAUUAAUAUGUGUACAGGAGGAUGCCCUGGUGUUUAUUUAUGACAUGUUUGGUAAUGAAAAGGAAUCAUAUUGCAUUGGCCAAGAGGCCAGUGAAACUAAAAUAUUGGACGCGAAAAUUUUCCAAUCAUCAGCUGGCACAGGCAUUGCCGUUAUGACCACAAAGCAUAGAGUAUUUCUAAAGCACACCAGCAGCAAAGAUUUUAGAUCCAGACUGUUACCAGAAAUACCAAAAUCCCUUACAGAUUGCACUUGUUGGGAAAUCGUUACCGAGGAUCGCAACAGUUAUUGCCUAUUGGGGCGCGAACGUGAAGUUAUCAAAUUAUUCCCUGGCGAAUCCGUGGGCUCUGUUAUACGCAACCUUUUCGAUAAACCAUUCGAACGUAUCAUAUUAAUGUCCGUCUCGUAUAAUCAUCAAAAUCUAGCUCUAUACACCAACAAUGGUAUUGUCUGGAUGGGCAGCAUCGAUAUGAAACAAAAAUAUUGCGAAUUUGAUACGGGUCGCAAAGAUAUACCAAAACAAAUUGAAUGGAUCAUGAAUGUUGAUAAUGACCAGUCGGAGGCAAUUGUUAUUGCCUAUCCUUCAUUUUUACUGGUGGUCAAUAGGAACGGUGAUAAGAAUCUCUUCACAUAUGAUCCAGCCAUAUUUCUUGUGGCCGAAAUGGACGGUGUACGCAUUCUGACAAAUACUUCACAUGAAAUGAUACAAAAACUACCGAAAUGUGUACAGAACAUAUUUGCCAUUAAUAGCCAGGAACCAUCGAGCUUCUUGUUUGAAGCCCAAAAGAAAUACCAGGAUAAAUCCCACCAGGCAGAUGAAUAUUUGAGUUUAUUCCGUGAUCGUAUGAAUGUAGCUGUUGAUGAGUGCAUUGAAGCAGCCGGUUAUGAAUUUUGUACAGCAACUCAAAAGAGUUUAAUGAGGACUGCGUACUUUGGAAAAGGAUUUAUUCCCGCUCACAACCCCGAUGAGUAUAUUAGAAUGCUUAGAACAUUACGCGUUCUUAAUGCACUAAGACAUCCACGCAUUGCAGUACCAUUGACAAUAAAGCAAUUUCUAUAUUUAAAACCUGAAAUCAUUUUGGCACGCUUAGUUUUUCGUAAACAUUAUGCCAUUGCCAUUCAAGUGGCGAAACAUUUGAAGUUACCAGAAUCCUGGAUUCUAGAGCACUGGGCCUAUCACAAAGUAAUGAAUGAUAGAAAUGACAUUGAAGUUGCACGUAAAAUAACCGAGAAAUUUAAAAAUCCCUCUGUGGAGGGAAUAUCAUUUUGUAAUAUAGCAGAAAAAGCCCAUGCAGCAGGACGUGAUGAAUUGGCCAUAAAGUUACUCGAAUUAGAACCACGCACAUCACUGCAAGUUCCUCUACUACUCAAAUUAGGUAAAUACAAUCGGGCAGUGCAAAGUGCCACACAGUCUGGAGAUACUGAAUUGGUGGCAACAGUUUUGCUGGAAAUCAAAAAGAAAAUGAUGUUGACAAAUUUCCAUAUGAUAAUACGUGAAUAUCCAAUGGCUUUGAAUAUCUAUAAAAAGAUAAUGAAUGAAUGGAGCCGUACAGCUUUAUAUGAUAUUUACAAUACUGAAGAUGAUCACAAAUCUAUAGCAGAAUAUCAUUUUCGUAAUGCCUUAGAAAGUAAAAGUUUGGAAUCGAAUCUAUCCACAAUUGCAAAUAGUUACACCCAGGGCAGACGUAACAUAGAAGCUGAACUGUGUUCAGACACCAGCAAACUUAUGAAAUUACAAAAGACAUUAAAUAACAAAUAUUCCAGUAUUUAUGGCAAUGUAACAUUCCUUGGUUUAUCCAUACAUGAGACAAUUGAAAAACUAUUAGAUUUGGGAGAGUUCAAAGAAGCCGAAAAGAUAAAAAACGAUUUCAAAGUACCCGACAGAAGAUUUUGGUGGCUGCGCAUUUUAAAUUUAUCGAGUAAAUAUAAAUGGGACGAACUGGAAAAGUUUGCUAAAAGUAAAAAAAGUCCCAUUGGUUACGAACCAUUUGUUGAAGUUUGUCUUAAGCAAAACAAUUUGACUGAAGCCCGAAAAUAUAUACUUAAAUGUAGAGAUGAUCGCAAGACCCAUUGGUACAUAAGAGCUGAACUCUAUGAGGAAGCUGUUGAUGCUGCAUUUGAACAGCGUGACAUCAAUUCUUUAUAUGUAAUCCAACAAAAGGCAAAUACUUUGGGCAAUCGUCAACUGUUGGAUAAAAUUAUUACAUAUAUUGCAAUGUUGUCUUCGAAGAAAUAAAAUGUGAAUUAGUAUUGAUAUAUUUAUAUAUUAUUUGUAUACUUUUUUUAAAUAAAUAUAUAUGUGUGUGCACACGUAGUAGAAA